UGAGUUUUCAAGAGAACACUUGAAAGAUUUUAAUGGAACUGCAACAAUAAGGGUUGGUAAGGACAUGGCUGUGGAAGUGAGUUUGGGGUAUUAUGAUACCCGCAGAAAUUCUUGUGUGGGUGGUGGUUGGAAAAUAUUUAGGGAAAAAUAUAAUUUGCAAGUUGAUGAUGUUUGUAAAUUUGAGAUGAUUCAACGGAGACCUUUUUCAUUCACCGUUACUAUUACUCGUGCCAGAAACGGACCAAGCCUUACGAAAUUACCAGAAGGUCGUGAUUGGAAGGAGCAUAACACGUUCAAGGUUAUGGUGAAGAAUAGAGUUCCGACUGUACCAAAGGAGUUUAUGAACGGAGGAAGUCAUGAAAAUAUUUUGGAGUUGAAAGUGGGGGGACAGUCAUGGUUCGUAAAAGUCAAUUAUUACGAGAGUGUUCGGAGCUGCAGGUUUAGUAAAGGUUGGAGAAAAUUCAUGAAAGCAUGCAAAGUGGAGAUCGGAGAUACUUGUCUCUUUAAGUUAAUUGAUGAGAGAAAAUUUGUGUUUGAUGUUUCAAUGAAUGCCAUUAAUGCAAGAAGGUCUCGGGGUUGUGGUGAAGACCGUUUUCAUGCUAAAAACCAAAAACUAGCAGGUUUUGCAAUCAGGAUACCUAAUCAGUUUUCGAAGAAAUACAUGAAUGAGUUGUUGCAAAGGAAUGCAACGAUUAGAAGUGUUGCUGUGGAUAAGACAUGGUUAGAGACAUUAAAAUUCGAUGAAUGCAAUCGAAAUUUUGCAAUGCGAGCUGGUUGGAAGUCAUUUGUACAGGAACGUAACUUGCAAGCUGGUGAUGUAUUCAAAUUUGAGAUGACUCAACGAAAACCACUUUCAUUCACUAUUACUAUUAUCCCAGCUACUACAUAA